CAAAUAUAGAAGGAGAUCGACGUGAUCCAGGUGAGCCCAUGCUGGCCCUGGGGUCAAGGGCUAAGAGACAGCUAGGAUUUAACAGUAAUCUGUUAUAAUUAAAUUAGCAUUUGACUUUUUUGAAACUCCAACCUCACUUUGCUUUAUUUUGAAUGAUUUUGAAUUAAAAGUUGCUCUCAACUCAAUAGCUUUUUUAAUAUUAGUAAUUAUAUUUUCAUUCUCAUCAUCAGUAAGUGUAAUUCCUUCAUCAUUAAAUUCACUCUAUCACUAUUUUGUUGUGUUAGUCAUUCAUCAUCAGAUUGUAUAUCAUCAACAAUCAAAGAAUCAAUUCCAUCAUCCUUUCUUUGUCUUUAUGACUUGAGUUGUCUACUUUUUAAUUUUUAUUAAACAUAAUAUUAACCAACCUUUUCACCUGUCCUAUAGAAAUGGGUUUCUUUUUAUAUGCUUUUGGUUGAACAUUCUUCAAUAGCAUUCAUGUGCAGAAGCUUAACAAGUAAGAUUGAGAACUUGUACUACAAAUGCUUUAAGUUCAGGUAGUUGUAUGAUACUUCUUUGUCCAAUGUUUGACUAAUCAUUUGUUAUUAUUCUAACUUCUAUUUUAGCCCAUGUUUGCUUCAAUUUAUCGACCAUCUUUGUCGUUUCCCUUGCCCUUGCCUCCUCAUCUUACAUCUAUGUUUGAAGCUCGUUCAUGCUAGGAAGCUCUAAUAUUUGACCAUAAUACCUAAUAAAGCAAAGCAUGAUUAUUAUGAAGGACUCCUUUCCAUGUUAAAUGGAAUUCUAUUCUAAAAAAUGCAUCUUGUAAUAUCUAAACAAACUCUAUUCUUGUGUCUUUUGUCAAAGCUAGAGGAGGAAUUGUAUAAGACUUAUUAUUCUCACCUUUGACUCGGCUCAAGCUAUUUCAAGUAUACAAAUUUCAUUUUUUUAUCAUUCUUCUAUGGUACUCUUUAAGAACUAUCAUUUUUUGUUGUUGUUAUUUCCUACAUUCUCUUCUAACAGUUCUUGCUUUUUUUGUGUGAGUGUGAUUAUUUGAAAAGAUUUUGAGCUUUUGGUGUGCUUGCUAACCACAAUUUUGUUUCAGUUAUAAUGUUUUAAAUUGGCUCGGUUUUGUGCCAUUAAGGUCUUUUUAUUCUCUGUUACCUAAAUUCACCUGUGUUUAGAUGGGGGGUUAGGUCGACCCCUGUCUAUUCCUUUUAAAAGAGUCAUCCUAGUCUAUUCUUAAAAAAAGUCAUCGUCCAAGUAAUGGUCGAAAUUUCCCAAAGGAAAACAAGCCUCGCUUUUAUCUAUACAAGUACAAAUCCAUUUAUCCAUUCCUAACUUGACCUAGAAAACAAAUGAAACAUGAUUAUUUUUUUACCUCAACUUGACCAAGAAAAGUAAGGGAAGCCUUAAGAUCUUAAGUUUUGUCUUGUGUCUUGCUUCAAUGACUAAUGGAAAUGGGAACAAGAUGAUUUUUGAGAAUUAAGCAUUAACUAAUGGUAAAUUGUUAAAUUGCUAAAGGCUUUAGAAGUAAUGAGUGAAGUAUGAGCUUUCUCAAACAUUUGGUGGCAUUUAAGCAAUUAAUACAGGGUUUAUGCUGAAUAGUCUGUUAUCCUAUCUUAUGCUUAUACUGAUAUUGCCUCUGAAAUUGUAACAUACAUUGUUAAAAACUUUAAUUUUUUAUUAACUUUUAACUGGUGAUUCUCAUUUUUUUCCUUCUUUGUGAUCUAUAUUGUUGCAAUGGUUGCGUGGCUGUGGGAUCAUCACUUUCAACUAUGUUUUAUAGUGCUUGGUGGACUAGCUUUCAUGUUUUCAGCUAGCUUUCUGUUGCAAAUCCUGGCUUGUGCAUUAUACAACAACUGGUGGCCUAUGCUAACAGCUCUCAUGUAUGUAUUGGUGCCAAUGCCUUGCUUGUUUUUUGGAGGUGGUUCUACGCAUUUCUUGACCAGCAGGGAGGGUGGAGGAUGGAUAAACGCUGCAAAGUUUCUGACGGGGGCGUCGGCCAUGGGAAGCAUCGCCAUACCUGCAAUCUUAAGGCAUGCUCAUCUGAUCGAAACAGGUGCAAUGUUAAUAGAAUUCACUUCAUUCUUCAUUUUAGUCUGUACUGUACUUUGCUUCCACCGAGUUAGCCUUGAUGAGGAUUGGUAGCUUAACAAGAUUGUCCCAAUCGCCUUAUUUUAUGACCCUCCACAGUCCUUUGAAAACACUUAUUAUGUAGCCUUUGACCUCUAGACAAUAAAAAGUCUUAUAAAUACUGUUAGGCAAACUAUCAUCUAAUCAAUCCCUAUGUGUUAUAUCUCAUGUUUUUAUAA